CCAACCCUCACGAUGGCGCGUGCCUACUGCGGACGCUUCGCGUUUAUGUUGGACUACCCCAAGUCCUACCAUCCUCCACGGAAAAAUGAGGACGGGGACUAUGUCGAUCCAAGAACAGACAUGCUUCCCAAAUGUGCAGCGGAGUGUUCUGAGUGGCUCACUGAGUACAACGCCUGCGUUCAGCGUAUCAAAAUGCGUACUGAUGGCCGUGGUAACUGCCAGGGUCAGUACGAGGAAUUCGCGAUGUGUCAAGAUCACUGUAUUGCGCAUGAGCUGUUUCACUACUUGAAAUAGCGUCGUUGAUGAAGCGUUCGGCGGUGUACUAUCUUUUACCUUGCAUCGUUGAAGGCUUCUGGGAGUAUCAUUUUGACGAGUCACGCACAAGCUGCGGUGUAAC